AUGGCGACGCCCACCUUUCUCCACGAUGUAUUGCACCUCGUUGAGCGCAACGGUAGCCAGUCCGUGCCAGCAGACCUCGCCGGCGACAUUAUUCGCGGUGCAUUGACGUUCGUCCUGAAGACGCAGCACACUCCCGUCUUCCUCGAAGGUCGUCCGCGGGAGCGAUACCAAGCAGUGGUGCGAGAGACUUUACGUUCUGUCAAGGCCAGCGGAGAAAUAAAAGCUCAACUAUCUCCUGAAUCUCGAACUGCUAUAGAGACACAAGCUACCUUGCGGUGUCUGUGCAAGUUGAAAUACAACGCUAGUCGCCACAGUCAAGAAGUCAUCACUUGGGCGCAAAAUGUGACAGAAGAGAUCAACUUAGCGCUGACAGCAGUCCUCGGGUUAGAAUCUGGUGGACUCGCUACGCAAAUGAGCUCCGUCGUCCUCUCCCGGAACCGGGCAUUCGUCUGCUUCGAUGUAUACAUUGAGGGGUGCGACCACCUAAUUCGAGCAGAGAUUGACUCAAGCUGCGAGCGGCCUAUAUAUUAUGUCCAGAAGAAGGAGGACACCUUUCUCGUACGACGCGAACCGAGCAUGGAUGCAUAUGUCGCAAGUAGAUUGUUGCACAUUCAGAGCGUAGACGCAGGACCCCGGCCAUACUUCAUAGAUGAAAGCAACCCGCCGGUCUACGAUAAUGGAAGUCGGCUCGAAGCACCAGUGGACGAGGAGCUGAAAGAGUUAGAUUGUAAGGCAGAGAAGGACUGCGACGAUGGCUAG